GUCGACCGCGUGCGACGGAAAGCGAACUGUCAGAGUAUCCCCAGAUCGGUACUGACCGAACGUUUGUAAGCAACACUCAAAAAAGUUCAUAGUGUGUGUCGUUUCAUCCUAACAACAGCAAAAAAAAAAAAAAUCUGCCGUCUGCACGAACCCAGUGACAGAGACAUCGCAUACAUACCUAUCAUUAUAAUCAUAUAUUGUUGCUAUCAUUGAUGCGUAUCAGUGCAUGGCGACGGAUUCGCUUUCAGUGUUACCGGUGCUCCGGCAGCCAGGACGGCGCCUAUUAAAAGCCAUCAGCGCCAUCGAACGGUCCUUAGAAGAUCGCCUCUACAGCAGCCCUAUUACAUUAGCAACAACAACAACAACAACAACAGCAACAACAAGUACGAUUACCACUUCCCAACAACAGGACGACUGAUUAUUACGUGCUCACACAGGGUAAAAGAAGGGUAAAGAUUCUAACCUGCGUCGAUGGUUUCGUGUUUUGCCGAAAUUAAUAAACCAAUUUUUUCGUCGUUUCUCUCCGCAGUGGCAAAAGUAAAGUGAGCUUAUAAAUGUGCGUAUUUUUUGGAGUGAGUGUUUCGUACGAAACCGAUAGCGGCUACUUAAAUGUGCUCAUUUCAGAUUCAGGAUUCGUAGCUGCUUUAUGAUCGGGUAAAACAAAGCGGUUAGAUUGAUGUCGGAGUUCGUUGAGUAUAUGUGAAGGUGUUGUUACUGCUCGUGUUCUUACUGUGCUAUUUGUUACCGCUGCCCUCGUAGAAUUGCUGAAGUGGCCGCGCAGUGUCGUUCAAUAGCUAACAGACGGUGGUGAGUCGUGUUGAUGUAUAGUAGACGUCAACCGGAGAGUGCUCUCUGCGGCGGGCACGUCAACCACAGAACAACCCCGGUGUCGAGCAUGUGCUUGUAACAACUUGUGGACGCAACAAACAACAAAGGAUUACAUAACAAACAACUAUAACAAAGAAAACGACGAUAAUAACAAGUAAAAUAUUGUCAUAACAUCGAAAUACGUAUCACGGCAACAGGAUGUGGAUAACAAUCAGUCUCGUCAUAGCAAUAUCCAUACUGCUAACAGAUACUGCCUCGGGCGUGCAGGAGUUCGACGCAGAGCCCGCUGAUACAGAAGCGAAUCCUCUCCAGAGUGUUCGGCUUACGUGCCGUGUCCGUAGUCGAAAAGGAGAAUGUGUUUGGUUGAAAAAUCGUCGUGUUGUGGGUAAAAUCCCAGGCAAGUACCAAUUUUCCCGAGAACCAGCAGACGGUGAUUGUUCGGUGACGAUCUCGACUGCGCGAUUAGAGGAGGACGAUGGUCUUUGGCAGUGCCAAGUCACAAUGGCUUCCCUCGAGGAUCUUGGACUUGAGUCACGAGAAGCGCAGCUAACGAUACGAGAGCCUCCUCAACCGCCUCGAUUAGAAGAACAUGAUACUCAAGUGGCCGGCGGUGAACGGCUGGCCGCUCGCGCAGGGGAGCCGAAGAAAGUUCGUUGCGUUUCCCGAAUGGGCAAUCCUCCCGCGUUCAUUAGAUGGUUCCUUGGCAACGAGGAAAUUACUCACAGUUCGGCGCAGACGAACGCGUCCGAUGUAGCUAAGCCACGAACUUUUACUGCCAGCUCAUUGCUUCAUUACACGUUUGAAAAGGCGGACAAUAGCCGAACGCUCUCGUGUCGGGCAUAUCAUGGGGCAUAUGCAGAUGCCAGCUCAAGCCAUCCGUCACUCGAUUCUAUCAGGCUCGACAAUUCUCACCAGCUUACGGCAACGGCAUACAAAGAAAUCGUUGUUUCUCUUGAUGUCAUGUACCGACCGACGGCACGUUUGGAAGGAAACUCUCGCGAAGAUAUCGAGGAGGGUGCCAAUCUGACAUUACGUUGCGUGGCAGAUGCAAAUCCACCGGCAAACAUUGUGUGGAGAAAAUCCGGUCAGGCGUCCAUCUUCGAUAUCAAGGAACGGAUUUCAUUCCGGGCGGUACAACGCUCCGACUCUGGGGUUUACUCUUGUUCGGCUAAAAACGAUAUGGGGGACUCUCCGGAGAUGCAGGUCGUUGUGGACGUAAAGUACAAGCCGAGGAUAGUGAGGAUCGAGCCGCCCUCACCUCUCACCUUCGACAUGAAGGAACAGAUUAGACUCACCUGUGUAGCGGAAGGCAAUCCCACACCGAAGAUCAGCUGGCUCCAGCGGUUCGGACGGGACCCGAAGGUAUGGAAUAUGCGAGGUCGCGAGUCCACCCUCGUGGUGAGCAAUGCUAGUUACGCGUAUCAGGGAGUUUAUAUCUGUGAAGCGGCCAACGAGAUAAAAGGAAAGCUUUAUCGCGUACAGUCGCAGGAAGCACGGGUGGACAUUAAGGGUCCCCCACAGGUAAUGACAGAACAUUCCCGUACGCGCGAUCGUGUGGUGGCGGGAAGCGACGACGAUGCCUUGUUAGCUGUGUUCUUUUGCGCAGAUCCUAGGCCACGUGACGUCACAUGGAGUUGGGGUAGUCAGUCAUUGUUAGCCGGAAAAACUCUCUUCAGAUAUGUUGCAGACCCCCUCAUCGCUGAUGAGGAACGUGAGGAUUGUUAUGAGGCUCGUCUGACCGUACGUGGUGUACAAAAGGGCGAUUCGCGACGUUUCAGUUUAAAUGUCACAAACGACCGCGGCACCACCGAGCACAUCGUCGAACUGGACGUCAGAGAGCCAGUAUCAAUGAGCCUCGUGAUGGCUGUCACCGCGGGCGGAGUGGCUUUCCUGCUCCUCUUCCUAACCAUAUUGGUCUACCUCAUUCGCUCGGAAAAGAUGUGCUUCAGCCGAAAGUAUAACGCCACAGGAAUGUUUAAGAAUGACCCCAACAGCGACUCCGGUUCAGCAUCGUCGGGUGAGCAGCCCUCCGGGGGUCACAACACCUCCCGGGACAAGCUCACGCCCAAGGAGUCGAAAAAUGUUAAGGGCAACCAGUCGGCGGCCAUUCCACCGGAUGCACUCUACGCCGGCAGGAGCGGUCAGGUCAACGGUCAGGCCAACGGUCAGGCUCAGCAAGCGCCUUCGCUGGCCACGUCAGGAGUAGCAGGAGCCUACGAUGGAAACUCUAUUAAAGUGCCAGUGCUACCGAAACCUGAUGUAACGAUAAGUAAACGACCAGCUCUUCCGACUACGCAGCCACCGUCACACGGAGGUGCCCACGGCAGUGCCCACGGUGGCGCCCACAACGGCGGAGCGCAGCAUCCAAUCGGGGGUGGCGCCGGUGGCCAAGCUAUUCAACCACCGCUGCUCUAUGCAUCGCUAGAUUUGCCACAGCCCCCUAAUGGGAGACUAAGAUCUGAUCGCACAGAAUAUGCCCAGGUACAGUUUCAAGGCCAAAGACCACCUCCUCCGAAUGUGACUACCGUUAGCGUACAACAGUUCUAAUCUGAAUUGCCGGCGGACUCCGUGUACCUUUCCUGAGCGCCAUUUGCGAUAUACAGAUUGCGUCAGACCGUCAUCGCAUAGCGUUAAAAUAGCCUGCUUGUCGAUUCUUCAAUUUCCUCGCAUUCUGCCAAAUCAUCCCCUGUGCAUCACCACCCACCUUACCCCAUUUAUAUGUCCUUCAAAAUGGCCAAUGUUUAGAGCUCACGGCCGCCCUUACGAGAGCAUCAUUACAAUGUAGAGCAAACGAAAAGCAGUAAGCAGUUGUGGUAGUUAUCUCUAGCUUGGACGGGGGGAUGGGGUAAGAGGUGAUGUCGGUGGCAGUAACAGGAUGGGUUAUGAAUUACGGACAGGAAAACGACGCCAGCCUGGGAGAAUCAAAAAGGCAGAUAAACAUGUUUAGAACUGGGUAGAACAUAAAAGGGUGUGAUUCUCAAGGGUAUCGUUGAAAAGGUUCGGUCGGGUGCCAGCGGUUCGAGAAUGGUAACGUCCAAAAGAGGCUUUCAGUGCGAAAGGAGAAGUAUACCGAUAUUACUGCUGCCUCUGUUGGAAGCAUCGCGAUAGUUGCGAGCGGUAACCAAAAUAGUGAAAUACUGCUAAACUAGCUGGAGUACUGCCGCCGUUGUUGUCCAUACGUGGUGGUUUCAACGAAAGCAUUUGUGCUCUAUGAUUUUCGAAAACAUUAUGGGACGAUUCGAAAUACUCCGUGCGCGGACAAGGAACAGGAGCGGUUGCUGCCGGAAGCCACAAACGGGAACGGCUCGACUAGUCACAAAAAUGGUAAUAAA